UCUCUCCGCGGUAGUUUCACAUUGACUGCAAGGGCGAUGAAGAAAACCGGACGACAUCUCUUUAAAGUUUGAAUGCGCUCCGUGUGCCAUGGGAAUAUCGAUGGGAUAUAAACAUUUUAGACACUCUGCGAAAUGCACAAACUGAUACGACAAUUUCUAAGCCUUACAUUUAGAACUUUAUAAAGUUAAUCAGUUCUGAGCUUUGACCCAUGAUGGAGAGCUAACGGAACUCGAUGCGUAAAAGCGCACAUUGAAGCUGUUCUGCUGGAUGUAUCAUUUUACGAUUUUUAAAAAAAUCAAAUUCUGCUUCUGUAAGUGAUGGCACUAUAUCCUCUUCACUUAUUUACUCUAUUGUUGAUAACCGUGCCUGGAUAUAUUUCUGGAGCGGUAUCAUACGCACCACGAUACACUACGCAUGUGGACCAGACUCAGUCUGUAUCAGCGGCACAAAGUGGAGCUAAGGUGACAAGUAGACACAGGAACUGGUGUGCCUACGUAGUUACACGGACUGUAAGCUGUGUAAUGGAAGAUGGGGUGGAGACUUAUGUGAAACCUGAAUACCAGCGCUGCCCUUGGGGCCAAUGUUCCCAUGUGGUUUUGUAUCGGACGUACAGAAGACCAAGAUAUAAGACUGCUUAUAAAAUGGUGACGGAGAUGGAAUGGAAGUGCUGUCAUGGUUACACCGGUGAAGACUGCAAUGAUGUUACACAGGUCAGACCAACAUCUACAAGUGGUGGAUCCAAUCCUGGAAGUGGUGAGGAAGGUAGAGGUGACAAUGACAAGAUAAGGCAACUUGAGGAACAGAUUCAUAGAUUGAAUAAGGACCUUCACAACCUCCAGUCAACCAUACACAAUAUGAAUCUGAAAAUAAACGAGGAGUCUAAAAGGACAGACAUCAUUGGCGGAAACAAUCUGGCCGACGCUGCCCAACCAGGAAUGAAAGAGACCAUUGACAGCAUCCAAACCAAACUGGACAUGCUCGACAACAUGACACGGGUCCACGACAAGACUCUCAUCAGCAUCAAUAACCAUCUGGUAGAAGGAAUCGGAAAUGAGUUAGACGGUCGCUCGGGCACGCUAAAAGAGGAGAUUCUCAGGGAACUGGAGCGAAGGGUGGCCCUGUCGUGCUCUUCCUGCCAAACCGGAGUUGAGGGCGUACAGACCCAGCAAAAGGAGGACAGGGAGAGGAUCAGAGCUCUGGAGAAACACGUAAGCGUGAUGGACCAGCAUCAUCGACAAACUGUUGAGAUGCUUGAGAGGGAAUUGUCACGCUCUCAAAGUUGCUGUGACUCGCUGACCGAUCUGGACAGGAGGUUAGGUGCCACUGAAAGAAAAAUCAGUUCCUUUGAUGAGUCUUUUAAUGUUCUUAGAGGACAUGUUGACAAAGAGCUGAGAGGAGGCAAUGGAAGUCGUGGUAAAGCAUUUGAUGAGAAACUGAACAGCCGCCUUCGAGAUCUGGAGAGGCGAUUCAAUGGGACUGUUAGAAAAACCGAACAAAAAUGCUCUCAUACUGAGACGGUCAUGAAAGAGUUUGUCCAGCGAGAAAUCAAUCAGAUGAAGAACUCCAUCCUUAAUCGAGGUGAUGAUCAUGGAUCCAAAAUAUCUACAAUGGAGGUAGAUGUCCAAAACUUGAGGGAUACCAUCAAAGAUCACAAAUUUACUUUGGAGCAGCUGGACAUCAAAACAUCAGAUCUUGACAGUAAGCUUAAGGCAACUAUUAAUUUGUGCAGUGAGACGUGCGGUCCAAAAGGGAGUGAGACGGUGGAUACUGUGAAAAGCCUGGAAUGGAAAGUCAUUGCCAAUGAGAAGGACAUUAAGACAUUUGACACCAAGCUGAAAGACUUAAGUGUGUCUGGUGACUCCCUACUGAACCGUAUUUUAGAUCUCAGCCAAGACGUUGAAAAAAUCAAAGAUUUGACUGGAGACAAUGGAGAGCACUUCAACAAAAUUCUCAUAGACGUAGAGAAUAUGGGACGCGAUUGCCAAACAUGCAAUUCGAUAAAUACUGAACUUGUUAACAUAAAAAACCUAACCAACAACACUUUUAACACACUGCAAGGAAAAAUUACAGAUUUACGAAGAAAAGUAGACUCUGAUGAGAAUGCUUGCUCACAAGUUUGCUCAAAUCUGCAGGAGGAAGUGGGUAAACUGAAAGAAGAGGUUGAGAAAUGCAUAGGACAAUGUGAGAACAGCAUGAUCGACCACCAAAAGUCAAUUGACAACCAAAAUGCCAUAACUCGCAAGCUUGGCAAAGAUCUCAAGUCUAUUCAAGGUGAGCUCUCAGGGGCCAUACAAACAUUCAGCUCUAUCAAUAACACUCUUAAAGAUCUCAGUAACACCAUUCAGAGGCAUGGCGACACCAUUUCUGAUCUUGAUAGGUCUAAGGACACAAUCUACUCUGAGUUAGAUCAGCUCCAGGAUGAUUUAACCAAGCACAUAGAAGACAGUAAAGGGCAGUUUGAUGGCAUCAGAAAUGAUAUCAGUAGCAUUAACAGCAAUAUGAUAACUGAAAUGGGUGAAUGCAAGCAUUCUCGGGAUUUGCUCAAGGAAAGGGUUUCAAAGAUGGAGGGUGUAUGCAGUAGACUGGAUUCGUUGUCGGGGAACCUUCAGAGGAUCAAGGAUGGGUUGAGCAAACAUGUCUCUGGGCUCUGGACGUGUGUUAAUGACCUGAACUCCACAGUGAUAUCUCAUGGUGAAGUUAUGAAUAGCAUUCAGAACAUUCAGUCGGAGCACACUCAUGGAAUGAAGAACCUCAACUCCUCCAUACUGCACGUUCUCAAGGAAUUCCAGACCUUUACUGAACAAGACUUUACAGGACCACCUGGACCACCUGGUCCUCAAGGAGAGAAAGGAAUCAUGGGACCAACUGGGCCACAAGGACCACCAGGCAGAGAAGGACCACAAGGAAAUGUAGGGCCUGUAGGACCCCCAGGUCUAAGAGGUGAAGAAGGACCUCCUGGAGAGGACGCCGAUGUUCCAAGACUGUCCUUCUCAGCAGCACUCACACGUCCACAAGCCAAUGCAGGUACUAUUGUCUUCAAUAAGGUCCUUGUCAAUGAAGGAAAGGCCUACAACCCAACGACAGGUAUGUUUACCGCGCCAGUGAAUGGACGAUACUUCUUCAGCGCAGUCUUGACAGGUCACAAAAAUGUAAAGAUUGAGGCAGUCCUGUCUAAAUCCAAUUUCGGUAUUGCCCGCGGUGAUUCGGCUGGCUAUCAGCCCGAAGGCCUGGAGAAACCCAUGGCUGAAGCGAGACACACUCCCGGUUCCCUAGUCGUCUUUAACAUCAUACUACCUCUACAGGAGGGUGAAACGGUUUGCAUUGACCUGGUCACAGGUAAACUUGCCCACUCUGUGGAGCCCCUUACAAUCUUCAGUGGAAUAUUGCUCUACGAGGACACAGAGGAUCUAUUAUAGGAAUUAUCGGAGAAACUACAGUGAGGACAAUGAAAACAUCAGAUGUUAAAAUCUGCUUCUGGACAUCAGGCAUAAGAUUUUCAUGCAUAAAAGUUUUACAUAUUUACAUUUUGUAAGCAUAACGAAUGACACACAAAAAAGCAGCAAGACCAGGACAUGGAUUUAUAUAUAUAUAUAUUAUCGGACUAAGAUGGACUGGGAUUUUCAUGUUUGUUUUUAUAUUAUUUUUUUUCUUAAAGGGCAGAUUAUAUAUGUUUGUAUAUGUGAAGAGCACAAUGCAAUUUAUUUAGUUAAUGGCACCUCAGUAAGCAAAGUCAGUAAGCAAAUAUGUGUGCAUAUCUUUACUUUGGUGCCGUUUAUUUUUGUAAUGAGAAACAAAUCCUCAAGGGCUCCAUUUAGGGUUUUUCCCAUUAAAUUAAUGCAAUAAAUAACACAUUUUAAUUUGUAUUUUUCCAAUUUCCUCUCAGUAUUAUUCAUUGACAUUUAUGGCAAAUAACCUCAGUCAACUUCUAAAUUAGAAAAAUUAUCUAUAAAAGGAUGAACACAGCAGGCUUUGCAGAGAGGGACUAUUUUUUUUGGCCAAAAGCUAUAAAUAAGAAAACUCCUCUAACUCAUGAUCUAGUAACUUCUCCAAAAGCUUUUUGUUUAUGUUAGACGCAAAAUAAACCGAUUUUGUCAGUGUAGUUUUCUCUUCUGACUGCAGAUGUUCUGCAAAUGAAGUAAAUGUAACAGCUUGGAAUCUGUGUCUUUGCUGUGUCUUGGUGGUCUAAUGUUUUCUUUAAUACAAAGGGAUUUAGAAGAGUUUUGCAGAGCCUAGUACUAUGAGACCAUUUAGUCCGAUUUUAACCAUGAAAUGAGAGUCAUUCCCUUAAAAGGACAUUUUUAUUACUUUUACUUUGCAGUAGCCCAGCUGAUUUGGUUGAUCUAGAUUUGAAAGCAGCUUACAUCAGCUGUUCUCACUUAACCUGGAGCACACAUCCACAUCUGAUUGUUUGGUAUCUUCUUUACCUCUCACCAUUCACCAGGCAUUACAAUGCAGUAUUAUGAUUCAGAAACGAGCAGCAAAAAGUUUUUUUAACUAUUGGGCAAACUAAAUAGUCCUCAGCCAUUGUUUCAACCAAUACAUUUUUUUUAAAUGCUAUGUUUCUCAUGACUGAAUGUUGAGCAUGGAAUAUACAGUAUAUUUGCAUUGUUGGAUUUUUAAUAAAAUAUUUAAUUUUUACACAAAUCUA